AUGAUUCAAUAUGAAAUUGCCAAAUCAAUUGAAAAUGUUAUAAACACGAUGCAAAAUCCAUCUAGCGAGUUAAUCAGCUUUGAAGACACUUCAAAAAAUAUUUCUGCAAAAAUAUCACUUAAAUCAUCAGCAAUGAUGAGUUUGGAACUUAAUAUGAAACAAAAAGAUAAAGAAAUUUCGAUUACAACGGAUGAUUUUCCAAUACAUAUUUAUCAUAAUUCAAUUGCAAGGCUUAUUCCAAUAUUUCAUCAGUUAACCUACUUAGAAAAGCACCCAGAAUUCUGCAACCCAGAUCUUUUAAUGGGAUUUGCUGCUACAGUCGCGAAUAUCAUUUUGAUGCUUGGAGAAAACUCAUUAAUCAAGAGCGAGAACUUUAUUUCAGAUUUAAUACCACAAAAUUUACGAAAUUAUCUCAUCAUUGCUUGCUCACCAAUUGGCGAUUUCUUUUUACUUACAAUUCACACAGUAAAACUUGUAGGAGAUGCACAAAGUGUAGAUGGUGUUACACACUGGAGACAAUAUGCACCUGAUACCAAGUUCAGCCACCUUAAAAAAGAAUACUCUGUCAUAGAUAGUUGUUUGAUGAAAAGUAAAUUCAAGCCACAGGUAAAUAUCAUUGCCCAACUCAGGUCAAUCCAAAUGCAGCUUACUUCAGCCGCUACAAUGAUUUCAAUAGAUGACGAAGAAGAAGAAUCGUAA